GGGAAGAGGAACAAGCCUGGAGUUGAGGCAGCUAGCCCUCCAGACUCGGUGCGCGGUCGAGGGGAAAACAAAGCCAUCAAUGAUCUAGACAGAGACUUUUGGAAUAACAAUGACAGCAGCAACGUGCAGCAGAGAUGGAGCUCCUACCCGCCCAAGGAGUUCCUCCUAAACAUGUCCCCAUAUGCCCCCUACGGAGACCCUCGCCUCACGCCCAAGUGAGUCUCGGUCGCGGCUGUUUUGGGGACCCGUCCCUGUCCUCCGCCUCCACGCUGGAACACAUUCCCUCCUCGGCCGCUGCCCGGCCGCGCCCCCUGGUCCGUCAGCAGAGCCUCCAGCAGCCCCUCACUCACCAGCCCCCCUCAGGGCCCAAUGACCCCCCUGCUACCUCCCAGAGCCUGGGCCAACUCCACACAGGGCCAGGAGGGGGGGGGGGGCACCGGGGUGGCCCACGGGGGGUCAGGGGGAGUCCGGUGGGAGCCGCUCGCUACAGAGGGGCAAUGGCAGGGCGUUCCCGGUCGAACCCUGGGAGCUGGGAUCAUAUGAUGGGCCAGAUACGGAACCGAGGACUGGACGUCAAGUCCUUCCUCGAGGGGAAGAUGGUGGUUCUGUCUCUAGCCAUAGGUCUGGCAGAGCAGGAUGACUUUGCAAACCUCCCAGACCUUCAGGAAGAUCCAGCAUCUCAGGAGAGCCAGACACCCAUAGACAAGAGGAGCCUUGGUACCAAGCCCGGCUGCAGCCCUAAGGGACAAACUCCCGACGACGCAGGCCGACACCCUGGACAUGACGCCAACUCGUCCGUCUCGGACCUUGCCAACUCCGUCACCAGUGACAUGCUGAUGGUAUCUCCAGGUUCAGAGGAGGAUGAACAUGAGGGUCCAGUGUGUGAGAAGCUGGGAAGGAUCCAGUUUAGCGUGGGCUACAACUUCCAGGACUCCACCCUGACGGUAAAGAUUCUGAAGGGCCAGGAUCUACCCGCCAAAGACUUCUCUGGAACCUCAGACCCCUUCGUCAAACUCUACCUGCUGCCCGACAAGAAGCACAAACUGGAGACCAAGGUCAAGAGGAAGAACCUCAACCCCCAUUGGAAUGAGACAUUCCUGUUCGAAGGAUUCCCCUAUGAGAAGGUGGUCCAGAGGACCCUGUACCUGCAGGUUCUAGACUACGACCGCUUCAGUAGGAACGACCCCAUAGGAGAGGUGUCCACCCCCCUGAACAAGCUGGACCUGGCGAACAUGCAGACCUUCUGGAAAGAGCUCAAACCCUGCAGCGAUGGCAGCGGGAGUCGAGGAGACCUGCUGGUGUCCCUGUGCUACAACCCCACAGCCAACACCAUCACUGUGAGCAUCAUCAAAGCCCAGAACCUCAAAGCCAUGGACAUCGGAGGGACCUCUGACCCCUAUGUAAAAGUGUGGUUGAUGCAUAAGGACAAGCGUGUGGAGAAGAAGAAGACUGUUGUGAUGAAGCGUUGUCUGAACCCGGUCUUCAACGAGUCUUUCCCUUUCGACGUGCCUGCCCACGUGCUGAGGGAGACCACCAUUAUCAUCACCGUCAUGGACAAGGACAAACUCAGCCGCAACGAUAUCAUUGGAAAGAUUUACCUGUCAUGGAAAAGUGGUCCAGCAGAGGUCAAACAUUGGAAAGACAUGAUGGGUCGUCCUCGUUCCGCUGUUGCCCAGUGGCAUGCUCUCAAAGCCUGAGAGACUCCCCAGAACCAGACCCUAGAACCCAGACCCCAGUCACUACGCUCAGCAUCUGUCCUCCAGAUUCCAGAUCCCCAGAAUCCAGAAUAAGACUCUUGUGUCCUGUCUC